UCCUACCUGUCUGCCUAAGUUGUCUAGCUAGCCCAAACCCUCUCUCAGAGUCUCAGUAUCAUUCUCUUCGGAAGCCAGCAAAAACCAGCGAAGGGUUUCACUUCUUGAGAGAGAGAUGUUGUGCGACAGCAUGUUCUUUGAAGAUCCAGAAUUUGUCGACACCACCUUCGGAGGAGGAGCCGGGGGGGAUGAUCUCUUCAGUAUCUUGGAGAGCUUGGACGCUGAGUUCCCCCUGCCGGCUAAUCCUCCUCCUCCUCCUCCUCCUCUUCCGGCAUUGGACGAGACUGCUGUGUUUGGCUCGAAAGAGUGUGACGAAGCUUCUUCGCCUAAGAGCAAGAGACAGAAGGUCAUGAAUGGCGGCGGUUCUUGUUCAGACUACGAGAACCAGCAAGACGGUCAACAGCAGAACCGGAUGUCCCACAUCACCGUGGAGCGUAAUCGCCGGAAGCAAAUGAACGAGCACCUGUCUGUUUUGCGGUCGUUAAUGCCUUGCUUCUACGUCAAACGGGGAGACCAAGCCUCCAUAAUUGGAGGUGUGGUGGACUACAUAAGCGAGCUACAACAAUUGCUUCAAUCGCUGGAAGCCAAGAAGCAAAGAAAAGCAUACAGCGAAGUCCUGAUCAGCAGCCCAAGGCCAUCCACGUCCUCAGUAUUGAGCCCGCGGCCUUCACCGCCGGUGCUCAGCCCCCACAAACCACCGCUCAGCCCUAGGCCGCUUGUGAAUUUACCUAUAAGCCCCCGGACCCCACAACCCACCAGCCCUUACAAGCCCAAGAACAUGCACCACAGCAGUAAUUUCAUCUCCGCCUCUCCGUCGCCGACUUCGUCCACAUCCUCAUCCAUCGAGAACAGCAUCCUCCCCAACAGCAAUGAGCUUGUGGCCAACUCGAAAUCCGCCAUUGCUGAGGUGGAGGUGAAGUUCUCGGGUGCCAAUGUCCUUUUGAAAACGGUGUCUCCUAGGAUUCCUGGACAGGCACUGAGGAUAAUGUCGGCCUUGGAGAACUUAUCCUUAGAGAUUCUCCACGUCAGCAUCGGCUAUGUCAAUGAGAACACAAUGGUUCAUUCCUUCACCAUCAAGAUUGGAGUCGAAUGCCAACUUAGUGCAGAGGAGCUCGCUCAGCAGAUACAGCAAACCUUCUGCUAAUGUGCUGGUGAUGACGUUUUAGCGACGGUCCCAACCCUAAUAUCGUAGUUCUCUCUCUCUCUCUCUCCUUUUCAAACUUUUUUACUAAUAAUAAAGAAGAAUGUGGGAAGGCUCCUUUCACCACCCUUCUCUCAUUAACAUUCAUUUAGAGUACUCAUCAUAGAUCAGUCGUAACUUUAGUAUUCGUUGUGACCCGCUCACCAGCAUGUAAGUCUUUAUCUUGUACUCA